UUUACGUUUUAUUUUAAAAAGCCAACUCAACUCUCAGUCUCUCAUGCUCUCAUCUGCUUCUUUCUUCUAUCUUCUCACUCUGCUCCUCUCCGUCAGCCUUAUCUGUCUCCAGUCUAGUCCCGCAUCUUCUCCACUAUUUGGGCAUUGGUCAUGUUUCCCUGCCUCCGGGGCAUGGUUGAGCUACAAGAAUAAGUGGAAAAGAGGUUAAACAGAUGAGCUUAUGAAAUAUUAGCUGUAACAGCUUCUGGUUCGUUUGUCAUUAUCAUAUACACGCAUAGAGCUGAAAGCAUCCAUUUUAGACCAAGAGUGUCUCUUAAAGGAAUAUAUAGAUCUUCUUCCAUGAAUUCUCUCUAUUCACCCACUUCUUUCCUCCUUCCAUUACAUAGAUGGCAGUUCACACCAUGUCUUCAAAUACAACCACAAAAUUUAUAUGUUCACCGCCACUUGCCACUUUCUCUCUCCUCUGUGCUAAAAUCAAACCGUCCUCUACAUGCUCAUAAGUCAUCCAUUGGUGCUACAAUUCCCCCAAAUGAGGGAGCAGUAUCUGUAAUUAACUUCGAAGACUUUGUUGAAAAAGAUUGGUCAUUUCUUGAUUCAGAUAAUUUGAUAUCCGGAGAGGAGCUUAACAAAAAUAUUGAUCGCAUUAUUUCUGCAGGGGAGAUUGAAGAAACUUCUAAGGUGUUGGUUUCAAUUGGUUCCGAAGGAUUUGUAGAUCAGUUGGUUGAUUCAACAAAAUGCCAACUUUUGCUUGUCGUCCACGAUUCACUUUUUCUGUUAGCUGGCAUCAAAGAAAAAUAUGACAAGGUUAAAUGUUGGCAAGGAGAACUUAUAUAUGUGCCAGAGAAGUGGGCUCCACUAGAUGUUGUGUUCCUCUAUUUUCUUCCUGCUUUGUCCUUUAAUCUUGACCAGGUUUUUGGAGCUCUUGCAAAACUUUGUUUGCCAGGUGCAAGGGUGGUUAUUAGCCAUCCCCAAGGAAGGGACGUCUUAAAGCAGCAGCAACAACAAAAUCCCGAUGUCAUAAUUUCUGAUUUGCCCGAGAAGAAUACAUUACAGAAAGUGGCAGCUGAUCAUGCUUUUGAUGUGGCUGAAUUUGUAGAUGAACCUGGUUUUUAUCUUGCUGUUUUGAAGUUCUCUGAUGCAAGAAAUUAAGAGCAGAUUUUUUUUUUACCUAAACCAAACUUCAUUUGAUGUGUUAAGAAAGAGCUUUAAUGUGACAAUUUGAUGUGCAACUGUAAAAGCUGAGAAGAAGUUGAGCUGUUUGGCUAAA